AUGUCUGCCAAGUUCCAGGACGAGGCCGUCACCUCGAUACGGGAGGAUACAAAGGAAUUGGUCCACAAGGUUGGAAACCGGUUGACUGGCGAUGGCUAUCUCGCUCUCUACCUCCGCCAACUGCAGUCGAACCCCCUGCGCACCAAGAUGUUGACCUCCGGUGUCCUGUCCAGUUUGCAAGAAAUCCUGGCCUCGUGGAUCGCCCAUGAUGUCAGCAAGCACGGUCACUACUUCAGCGCCCGUGUCCCCAAAAUGGCCCUCUACGGAAUGUUCAUCAGCGCCCCGCUGGGCCACUUCCUCAUUGGAAUUCUGCAGCGGGUCUUCGCUGGCCGGACUAGCAUCAAGGCCAAGAUCCUACAGAUCCUCGCCAGCAACUUGUUGGUCUCCCCCAUCCAAAAUGCCGUGUACCUGUGCUGCAUGGCAGUUAUCGCGGGCGCGCGCACCUUCCACCAGGUCCGCGCUACCGUGCGGGCCGGUUUCAUGCCCGUCAUGAAGGUCAGCUGGGUCACCUCGCCCAUCGCGCUGGCCUUUGCCCAGAAGUUCCUCCCCGAGCACACCUGGGUGCCUUUCUUCAACAUUGUCGGGUUCGUCAUUGGAACCUACGUCAACACGCACACCAAGAAGAAGCGUCUUGAGGCUCUCCGCAAGCGCUACGACCAACGCCGUGGACCCGGUAGCGAGUACGACAAGGGCGACUACCGGUAA